UGGCGGGUCGAGCUGUGGCUCAAAAUAACACGCGUCCUACGUCAACUCGUCUUUAAUUUCAACCAGCGCGCAGGAUUUGCAGCGGUUCCGGUCCAAGACUACGGUUCUGAGAUGAACGGCGGAUGCUUACAUGGCGAUGUGGAUGAGAUCAACAAAAAGAUGGAGAAGUGCUUAUCCAUGGACCAAAAGGACACCAUGGAAGGCUAUCACAGGUACAUCCAACAGGGCAAAGACGUCGCCAGGCAAGGAGACCUGAGCAGAGCUCUGGAGCUCUUCAAAAUGGCCAACAAAAUCCAGCACAGUGAAAAGCUGCAGAAGAGAAUCAAGAAGAUCGAAGAGCUUUUGGCACAGAACACCUCUGAGGAGGACGACGCUGACCAGUUUGUCGACGUGAACAACAGCGGUCUGAAGCUCUACAAGGACCUCUACCAGAAGCUGUACGACUACCAGAGGGACGGCGUGGCCUUCUUGUUUGGCCUCUACAGAGAUGGGAAGAAAGGUGGAAUUCUGGCAGACGACAUGGGCCUGGGCAAGACCAUCCAGGUCAUAUCCUUCCUGUCGGGAAUGUACGACAGCGAGCUGGUGAAGCACACGCUGCUGGUCAUGCCCACGUCACUCAUCAGCAACUGGACCAAGGAGUUUGCGAAAUGGACUCCUGGCAUGAGGGUCAAAGAGUUUCACGGCUCCAGCAAAGCAGAGCGGACCAGGAAUCUAGAGAAGGUCCAGAGCAGAAGUGGUGUGGUCAUCACCACGUACACGAUGCUCAUCAACAACUGGCAGCUGCUGUCGUCCUAUCAGGGCAGAGAGUUCACGUGGGACUACGUGAUCUUGGACGAGGCCCACAAGAUUAAGACCAGCACAACCAAAACGGCCAAGAGCGCCUCCGCCGUUCCCUCCAAACACCGAGUGCUCCUCACCGGCACCCCCGUCCAGAACCACCUCCGAGAGAUGUGGGCUCUCUUUGACUUCGCUUGUCACGGAACUCUGCUGGGCACGGCCAAAACCUUCAAAAUGCAGUACGAAAACCCCAUCACUCGAGCACGGGAGAAGGACGCUACACCGGGGGAAAAGGCCCUGGGUUCCAGGAUGUCCGAGAACCUCAUGACCAUCAUCAAACCCUACUUCCUUCGCAGGACAAAGUCUGAAGUGCAGCAGAAUAAAAACGCAGAAGCGGGCCAAGGCAAGGUUCAAGGGGCAAAGGGGGCAAGGGACCAGAAAGACUCUGGGACCACCAUGCCUACACUGAUGAGGAAGAAUGACUUGAUUGUUUGGACGUACCUCAGUCGCAUCCAGGAAGACAUCUACUGGAAGUUUAUUUCCCUGGACCACAUCAAGGAGCUGCUCAUGACCUCCAGGUCACCACUAGCCGAACUGACCCUCCUGAAGAAGCUGUGCGACCACCCGAGGCUGCUCUCCGCUCGAGCCAUCGCCAGUUUAGGUCUGAAAGACAGCCCCACUAAGAGGCAGCAGAGCGAUGACGCGGCAAUGAGCAAUCACACCAUCGCCAACGUUCCUGACAAAACACUGAUAUCCGAAUCCGGGAAACUGGUUUUCCUGUUUGCUCUGCUUGAACGUCUCAAAGAGGAAGGUCACCGCACGCUGGUCUUUGCUCACUACAGGAUGGUGCUGGACAUCAUCGAGCGCAUCCUUAAGAACCGAGGGGUCAAGGCCCUCAGGCUGGACGGGUCAAUCACACAGGUGGCGGAGAGGGAGCGUCUCAUCACCCUCUUCCAGGCGGACCACACGUAUUCCGUCUUCCUUCUCACCACUCAGGUGGGCGGAGUCGGCAUCACCUUGACGGGAGCGGACCGAGUUGUCAUUUACGAUCCCAGCUGGAAUCCCAUGACGGACGCCCAGGCAGUGGACAGGGCGUACCGGAUCGGCCAGACGGCGAACGUGGUCAUCUACAGGCUGAUCACGUGCGGCACGGUGGAAGAAAAGAUCUACAGACGGCAGGUCUUCAAGGAUUCACUUAUCAGGCAGAACACGGGAGACAAAAAGAACCCCUUCCGUUACUUCAGCAAGCAGGAGUUGAAGGAGCUCUUCACCCUGGAGGACACACGAUCGUCCUCCACGCAGCAGCUGCUUCAAUCCAUGCACUCCAAACACAGACACACCGACCCUGAACUGGACCGCCACAUCGCCCGCCUCCACACCAUGGAGAUGUUUGGCAUUUCUGAUCACGACCUCAUGUUUUCCCUCAACACGGACCACGAAGACUCCCUGCACGACAAAGCAGAGCAAAAUUACAUUGAAGAUCGCGUCCAGAAGGCCCAGGAACUGGUGAAGGCGGAGUCGGACCUGCAGAUGCAGUUUGCAACCAGCGUGGAGUCCACCACGGAGCCGGCGUGGAUCCGACAGCAGGGGAGUGACCGCAAAGAACGAUCACAUGAGAACAAACCUGUAAAACCGAGGCCCAGGUCUGCCCUUUCACCACGCCCCCGCACGACUUCUAGCAAGAACGAUGAUCUUCAAGAAAGGAACAGCCCGAUUGAUCUCACGGUUAGUGACGACGAGUCGGAAGGCAAGCAGGAGAACCUUCAGGAGAAGGUUGACCGCUCGGCUGAGGACAUGUUUGGGUCUUUGUCUCUGAAGGAGGGGAUAGGCCAUGAGGAACAUGAUGAAGCAAAUGACCUUGGGGAAUCCUUCCCGAUUAAAAGGCUCUCUGCCAUGCAGUCAUCCAGUUCCAGCUUCAAGAUGGACUCUUGGUCCAGAGGCAGCGCCGGCUCGGAUCUCAUCGAAGGAAACUUCAACUUGCAGCUGGAGGAGAGCGAAAUCUCCUACCAGGGCGCCGUGGAGGACGAGGAGAGGAAGCUGCUGUCCCAUCUGCAGACGGAGGGCAUGUUUGAUGUGGACAUUUCGCUGACAGAGAGGCAACAGACAGAAGCACUCGGCCAAAGCUUGUCCAAGUCCCAAGUCUCUGAAAUAGAUGAGUCCAUCAUCAUCGUGGCGAAGAAGAAAAAAGCCGGCGUCCUGUAUGACAGUGACGAGGAGCCUGGCGACAGGCCGAAGUCGACCAGCUCUUUCCAGCUGCUAGGAUCCUCCACGCCCAAAUCUGGCCCACCUGGUUCCACCCCCGUCAGGUUGAGAAAGAGCAUCGGACGAAACACCUCUGUGGCGUCACGCCACUCUCUCCUGCACUCCAUCAUUGAAGACCUGGACAAGCCAGAUGACCAAGAUGAAGACCACCCUGAGGAGCUUUCAGAGAAGUACUCUGACGAGGUGGAGGUGGAGGUGGAAGAGGAGGAAGAGGAAGAAGACGAGGAAGAUGGUAACCCCGAAGAAUCCACCGGCGAGCUCGAGCUAGCGUCCUCCGAGAGGAUGGAGCCGUGCGCCGCCAACACGGCGCCGGGCCAAGUCACCGCGGACUCAUCUGGAGACAUGUACGAGUCGCUGGUAACUCGAGGCCACGAGUUUUUCAGCCAGGGCAAACUGAACGAGGCGCUGGACUCGUUCCUGAAGGCCAUCGACAUCAACCCCGGUGACCCUGAGAUCCAGUGCUUGACCAUCCAACUGUACCGCCAGCUGAGUUGCAAAGAAUAACAACCAGAUCCUCUCCAAGAUGGCCAACUUGACUUCCAUCAAUAGAUUCAUUAGGCGGGACAUGACUCGAUUGUUUCUUCACCAAAUGUAUCUUCAAGUUGAAUUGGAAUUGAAGAACUGAUGGGGGCCUUUGUGUUUGUGCCUGUGGGGGGAGGGGGGAUUUGUUAGGUGAAAUGCAGCACUUUAUAGUUGAGUGGAUUUUUCUCUUCUGCUGACUGAAUAUUUAUGUUUGCAUCAUCACUCAACCCCCCCCUUCCUGUCCAACAUGGGAAACAAAUAAAGUUUUGUAUCACUCAAAGGUGCGUUUGCUUUGUGUCACUGUGCGUCCUAGAGACAAAAUUAGAUUUGCCACAACCCCUGGGUGUGGGGGAGGGGGAGGGUCACAUGUUGUUUCAAUGCCUUGUGUCGAUGUGAGC